GGCGGUGGGCUGCAGAAGUGGAAACCAUUAACUCUGGCUCCUGAACCACAGAGGAAGGUGGUGGUGCUGGAGAAGAAGGAGGAGGAGGCGUUUGGCUUUGAAAUCCAGACGUACGGGCUGCACCAUGAGGACCAGAACUCGGUGGAGAUGUGCACGUUUGUGUGCAAAGUGCACGAGGACAGCCCGGCGCAGGAGGCGGGACUUAAAGUCGGGGACACCAUCUCCAGUGUGAACGAGGAGACGGUGGAGGGAUUUCGGCACAAGGAGAUCGUGCAGCUCAUCAGAGCAUGCGGAAACACACUCAGGCUGGAGACGGUUUACAGCGACUCCAUCCGGAAAGCGGAGAUGGAGGCUCGGCUGCAGUAUCUGAAGCAAACACUUCACGAGAAAUGGGACGAGUAUCGCUCUCUGAUGGUUCAGGAGCAGAGGCUGGUGCAUGGCAUCGUCCUGAGCGACGCGGCGGUGUACGAGUCCCUGGAGUCGGCGGGGGUGUACGGCAGCGUGGGGACCCCGAGUCCUGCGGAGAACCGCUCGCUCCGCUGCAGCUCCGGCUCCACCAGCAGCGUCCAGAGCACCAACACCAUAGAGGAGGAGCCGCUGUACAGCCGCCUGCAGAGGCCCGACGCCGCCGCCCCCCCCACGGACAGGAAGCUGAGGGUCCGCCCCGUCAGCGAGCUCUUCUCCAGCACCAAGACCAACCUCACCCGCAGCGCCAGCACCCGCAGCUACCUGAGGGGGGGGGGCAACACGGCGGGGGAGAAGCAGGGAGGGUUCACCCAGAGGAAACCCAAGCAGAAGAGCUUCCGCAGGACACUCCUCAAGUUCAUCCCGGGUCUGAACCGGCCUCUGGAAGAGGAGGAGAGCAAGCUGUGACCCCACUGGGGAUCCUCCGACACCACGUGGUGCAGCAGGGAGGUGCUUCAUGACUCAAGUCUGUCCUUCUGAGCCGCCUGACACUGAACCAACCAGAGACGACUGCAGCUGUACAUACUUGUCACUUUCCAGAAGAAUAAGGAGUUGCAUUAUGGGACAUGUGUGCAGCAGGAAGAAGCCUCAUAAAGAGUUGCAUCAUGGGACAUGUGAGGAUGGUGUUUAGGACUGAAGUCUGUCUCUGCCUCCCCUGACCCAAAGAGAGGAGACGCCAAAGACUGCAGCUGUAUAUAGCUUUUUGUUCUUUAAGUUAUUUAAUUUAUUGUCUUCGUCAUGUACAGAUUUUUUUUACUGCAUGCCCCGUCUUUUAUUGUGAGCAGAUUCUACGUUUUUCUAAGAUUUGAAAUCGUCUUUAGAUUCAGUCAUCGUUUCCUGAAAAUAAAAAUAUGUGUCAUUUCCA